AUAAUUGAAAUGUUUUUAGCAAACGUCGCUAGUUUGCUCACGAAUCGCAGAAGCAUCCACCUUGGAGUUCCAAAAUCCAAUAAGUGGAACCAAAACGUGUUAAAAAUGUUUGACGACAGCCGGUUUAAUCAAAUGAUUAGGGUGCGGCCAGAGGAAUUUGUGCAUAUACUGAACUUGAUUAAAGACGAUGAUGUGUUUAACACAAGUCCAAAAACAGCACAGCUUCCAAUUGAUAUGCAGUUAAAAAUCGUUCUUUAUCUGUUAGGAUCCUCUGGCGAUGGACUUUCAACACGCAAAGUAGCUACCCUCUUUGGAGUGGGUGACGGAGGCACAAUACAAAAAGUCACAAAACGUGUUUUUAAAGCAAUUUUAAAUUUGAAAGAAAAAUUCCUAAGCUGGCCUAAUGCAGAAGAACGACAAUAAAUUUUGUUAGCAACUAAAGACGAAAUGCCUGGUUGCGUAGGGUAUAUAGACGGCUCUGAAAUAAAAUUAUCUGAAGCACCUGUCAAGGACCACGAGUUAUUUUUUUCUCGAAAACGUCAAUAUGCCGUAAAAGUUCAAGCAGUUUGUGACUACAAAUUACGAAUAAGACAACUAACAAUAGGUUAUCCAGGUAGCGUACAUGACGCAAAAUUUUUUUAAACUCUCCCCUAGCAAAACACCCCGAAC